AUGUCAGAGGUUCCAGAGGAUGUAGUCGCCAAUAUAGUCUCGAUUUUACCUGUGAAACCUCUUCUGCGUUUCAGGUGCGUUUCUAAAUCCUGGUGUUCCCUAAUCGACAGUUCAGAAUUUCGUAAAUUGCAUCUAAGAACAUCAAAAGAAAGAAAUGAACAUCAAUCGCACCCUCAUUGUGACAACAAAAGUAGGAGUGUUAGGAGUGUUUAUUGCUCUGUCUUGUGGAACCCGUCCACCCGAAAUCACCGAAUAUUACCCAACUCUUCCUUUGAGAAUUCACGUAAAGCCGAAUGCUGCAAUUGGAUUGUUAUUUACGGAUUUGGGUAUGAUGUUGUCAAUGAUGACUACAAGGUGGUGAAGAUGGCGGUGUGUCCUUCCAAAGAUGAUUAUGCUUUUCUUUCUGAAGUUGAAGUUAAGGUUUAUAGUGUGAAAUUGAAUUUGUGGCGAAGGGUUAAAGAUUUCCCUUAUUACAUCCGGUACCACCAAGAGAAUGGUGUUUUCAUUAGUGGGGCUCUGCACUGGGUUGGGAAUGAGAGACGAGAAUCAUCAUCUAUUAUUUCCCACCUGAUAGUUGCUAUUGAUCUUGGAUCUGAGGAAUAUAGGUUGGUUCCGACCCCUGAAUUUUCAGAUAAGAAUUUUUUUAUGCAUGUGGUUGACUUGGGAGGAUGCCUUUGUAUAUAUUGCGAUUACUUUGAUGGCCAUGGUGAUGUCUGGGUGAUGAAGGAGUAUAGAAUAAAGGAAUCUUGGACUAAACUGGUGUCCUUUGUAUCAAAGCAGUUUGGUUAUUUCAAGCUAAUAGCAUAUUCAAAGUGUGGUGGAAAAGUAAUGUUGGAACAGGCCGAUCGAGAGCUUCUAUGGUAUGACUUAAAGAAAAUGGAAAAACUCGAGAAGAUUAAGAUUCACGGCCUUCCGAGUUUUGAAAGCACAGAUGACAUGUUCCUUACUUAUCAAGAGAAAAACAUAUGCUUGGAAAGCCUGGUACCGCUUCAUGGUGUUGGUGAAAGUGACAAGACGAAGCACAAGCACAAAAGAAGAUGA